GGGUGCCAUGCUGUAGAGUAUAUAAGCUGAGAAGCUCCACUUCUGCCCAUGUCAAUCAAACUCCUGAGACAUGAAGAUUAAACUCAGCUCUGCACUGUUGGCUCUGCUGUCCAUCAGUCUGGCGGCUAGCCAGUCAGUACACAACUGCAAGGAGGUCACUUUGAGGAAUGUGCAGCAGAUUGAUGCAGGAGCAGGUCAGGUGAUAGCUGUGGACCGCAACCGACGAGUCUUCCACCUGCACGGCUCCAACUGGAUCACCCAAAAUAGCUAUAUGCAGCAUGCUAGCGUAGGACCAGCAGGGAUUUGGGGAGUUGAUCGCCAAGGCUUCAUCAACAAGGUUGUGGCAGGAAAAUGGACAAGGACAGGAGUACGCCGGAUGCGGCAAGUGGACGCAGGAGGGGACCAGUUUGUGGCUGCGGCUGGAACACCGGUUCCUGGACUUGCAAGCGCCGUCUGUGUGAACCGUCCCUCUGCUGUGGCCUUCAAAUCUCCAGGAACUGUUUUGCCCAAAUUUCGGAUUGGGGCAAACAUGUCAUACUACAGCUGUGGCCCCAGUCGUUGCUGGGUAAUCAACAACAAAGAUGAAGUCUUUGUCACUAAUCCCGUGGAUCCAAGAACCUGUAAAGGCACUAAUGUCCUGUAUAAGGUGGGUGGGUCUUUGUCUAUGGUGGAGGUGGCUUCAGAUGGCUCUGUAUAUGGAGUGAACAGCCAAGGUCAAAUCUUACGCAGACAUGGCAUUUCCAUCCAGAGGCCUAAGGGAACCAGCUGGACCAGGAUUGACGUGUGCCUACCAGCUAGACAUGUCAGCUAUGACCUGGGCAGACUGUGGGUGGUCACCAAGACUGGGGUUGCUCUGGUGUGUCUCAUGUAGAUACCCAACAUGCCCCCCCCCCCCAUAAAUAAAUAAAUAAAAACUAAUAAUAAUUUACA